ACUUCAUUAAAUAUGACGCAGUUAACGGUUGUUAUAAUAGUAAACGAUUAUUAAACGAUAGAAGUUUUAUUAAAUUCGUUGUUAAAAAUGUGUAUUUGUUUGUUUGUGCAAAUGUUAUUUUUAAUAAAAUCUAAACUAUUGGAAUCUUAUUCAUUUAUCAUAUCAAAGUAUAAUCCGGAAUUAAAAGUUUUUUAUAAAGUGAAAAUAGUUAUAGUGAAAUGUUAAAAACUAAAAAUGGUGUUAAGAAAAAUUAAUUUCGAUUUAUAUGUAUUUCUGAAAUGGAAAAAUAGUUCAAAGUUUUCAUCAUAAAGGUUAUCAUUAUUAAGUGAAUGCUCGUUGUGUAAAAGAAGAAUUUAUUUUGAUGAUUUUACUCUUGAAGGAAAAGCGCAUAAAAAUGCAAUUUUGUAAUUUUUGUGCUAAAAACAGCGAACAAAUUAAAAAAAUUAGUGAAAACAGUGCGGUGAGCGGUAGUAAUGUAAUGAAAAUACAAAAUUUAUUACAAAUAUUCCAAAAAGAUAUUGUGCAAUUUCUCCUGGACAAUAAGAACUCACUAAUAUGCCAGAAUUGUCUAAAACAAUUAAAAAAGUGUUAUGAAUUUGUGCAACAAAUCAAGGCAUCAGAAAAUAAAUUUAUUCAAGGCAAAGAAAUCAAAACGGAACAUGAUUAUUUUGAAACAUCAACGGGGAAUGUGGCGAACAAUGAAACGACAAAUGCAAAAGUAACGGUAAAUGAAAAGAGCAACAAUGAAAAUGUGUUUAAAACUAACCUUAAAUUUAAGCCGAUUUUACCAAAAACUACCUCGUCUAAGGAAAUUGUAAAUAAAAACGUAGAAACAUUAGUGAUGGAAAAUAAAACGCGUUUAUAUAAAUGUUUACUGUGUGCGGAAUCCUUUAAAUCGUUUAAACAAUUAAAACAACAUGAAGUGGAAUUUUGUGAAAAUAAUUUGUUAAAAGAAUUAAAAAUUUGUGUCUACUGCCAUAAGUGUUUUAGUAAAGAGAUUUCUUUAAGUGAUCAUGUAUCUCUAAAGCACCCACAACAACAAUUUCUAUGCUGUUUAUGUCAUGAUAAAUACUUUGCUGCCAAAGGUUAUUUGGCUCGUCAUAUUAAUAAAGUCCACGACCAUGAGAGUUUACAAUAUUUUUGUGGAGAAUGCCCCGAGCUACUAUGUUUUCCAAGGCCGGAGGAGGUACAAGAACAUUUUUUAUGUAAACAUCCUUAUCAGAGCAGCAGCGAUGCUAUGGAAGAUCAAACACAAGCAACUUUAAAUGAUGAUGAUAUGGAUUUGGAAAUGCAUGAAGAAUUCUUAGAUGAAUUUUUACUAGCUCAUACAAAUGAAAACACAUUUCAAUUUUCUGAAUGUUGGGAAGCAUUGGAUCUGCAUCUGCCCGAUAUGUUGCAAUCAACUGCAAGUAAUCUUAAUAAUGUGAGCGAAUUCACAGAAGCCUUCGCCUGUCCGAAAUGUUUUGAACAAUUUAAAAAUCCUCAACCUUUAUUGAAGCACUUGGCUGAAUUACAUAAUCUACCGGUGUUAAUAUGCCGUAAAUGCCAGAAAUGUUUCCCCUCAUUCAAAGAUUUCAAAAGACAUAAACUACAGGCGUGCUUAAACAAUUCGACUAAAAUUCCUCUUACCGUGCAAUGUCCUUAUUGCCCAAAAACUUUUAAUAAUUCAGCCAAUCUCAAGCAACAUAUACGCAUUGUUCACAGUCAGCUAAAACGUCAUAUUUGCCAAUUAUGUGAUAAACAAUUCUCCACUUUGGAUCAUCUAAAGAAACAUGUCUUGAGUCAACAUCAAAAUGAACGUAAACAUGUUUGUACGGUUUGUGAUAAAAAAUUUACUCAAAUGGGUCAUUUGAAACAACAUUUGGCUAUACAUACUACCGGCAAAACGUUGCAGUGUUCAGAGUGUUCUUUGAAAUUUUGGCGUAAAAUUGAUUUGGAAAGACAUCGUCAGAAGAAUCAUGUUUUUGAGGAGGUGCAAGGCGGAAAAUAAGGCGGCACAUAAUGCUCUACUGGAUUCACCCAUACGAGGACCAACACUCUCAACUAGCACUUCAAGUUUUGAAGCCUUAGAUCCUCAUGAUCCUAAUCUAAGUAAAUUGGCCAACAAAAUGUUUCGCAAAAC